CGAGAAGUUGGAGUCAACUACUAAAAAAUAAUAUCCUCCACCUCCGUCUAAUUUAGCACAGGGGACAGGAAGCAUGGCAAACGCUGUAGUGAAUGGUUUGGCUGGAGCUGGUGGUGGAAUCAUAGCUCAGAUCAUCACUUACCCUCUCCAAACUGUUAAUACACGGCAGCAAACUGAAAGGAUUGCCAAGAAAGCGGAUGCUUCUUCCGCUGCUCCUCCUCCACCUCGCAGUACGCUCCUUCAACUUAUUCAGGUGAUAAGGAGUGAAGGGGUGGGUGGACUUUACAGUGGUUUGAAGCCUUCUUUGUUUGGAGUUGCUGCUUCCCUGGGGAUUUAUUACUAUUUCUAUCAGGUUUUCAAAAACAAAGCAGAGGCCAUUGCAGCUACUAAUAGAAUCAGAGGACGUGGUGAUGGUACGGUGGGCAUGUUUUCCUGGCUUCUUGUUGCAGCUUCUGCUGGCUCACUGAAUGUAUUGCUGACAAACCCAAUAUGGGUUCUUGUGACUCGAAUGCAGACGCAUACUCAAGCAGAAACGAAAAUGUUGGAGGCAAAGAAGGAAGCUCUAAGAAAUGAAGCUUCCCAAAGUGGUAUCAUAGGGGCUUCUUUACAAGAAAAAUUUGCUGAACUUGAUUCAAUUAAACCCCAGCCAUAUGGAACUAGGCAUGCGGCAAGCGAGGUUUAUAAUGAAGCAGGAAUUGCUGGAUUCUGGAAAGGCAUUGUCCCGACAUUAAUCAUGGUUUGCAAUCCCUCAAUUCAAUUCAUGAUUUAUGAGACUUCGUUGAAGCGCCUUAGGGCUAAACGUGCAGCUAAUAAGCAGGGAUCAAAAGAUGUAUCUGCUCUCGAGGUAUUCUUAUUGGGAGCUGUGGCAAAACUGGGAGCAACUCUUGCAACAUACCCAUUGUUGGUCGUCAAGUCGAGGCUUCAAGCAAAGCAAGAUAUUGGUGGCAACAUAUCAUUAAGAUAUUCAGGUACAUUGGAUGCAAUUAUUAAGAUGAUAAGAUAUGAAGGAUUUUCCAGCUUCUACAAAGGAAUGAGCACCAAAAUAGUGCAAAGUGUUUUUGCAGCUUCUGUACUUUUCAUGAUCAAGGAAGAGCUGGUCAAGGCCAUUUCUGUAUUAGUUAAUAAGCGCCCAAAAUAUCUGCUGAAUGUUGUCAAAUAACAUCUUAAAAUUACAAAAAAAAAAUAAAUUAAUAAUUGCUAGAGACUGCUUCUUGAUUAUAUUGUAAAUUAUUGAAGUCA